AUGUCUUCACUCUCAAAACUGAAUUUACACUGUGGUCGCUUUACUUUCAUUGAAACUCAACCUUCGGAUGUUGAUAUUCGUCCAGCACGACAUUAUGCUUGUGUGACUAUCACUAGAGCUAAUUCUGAUGCAAAACCGGUUCCCGUAAAGAUGAUGAGUACGGAAAAAUCGAAAACCUACCUUCAAGAGUCAUUAUUUCAUUAUGAAUUCGAUGCACAAUCAGAUUCAUUAUCAAAACUUUGGAAGAACUUUCCACCCGUCCGUUGGUUAAUCUAUACCAUCUUGGUUUUUCAAUCAAUUCCAUCUAUGAUUUUGGCACUUACCGUCCUUUUAAGUUGUAUGAUAAUCUCGGCAAUUGGAAGUUUUUGUAUCGUUAUUACAUCAAUAAUAUUAUGUUUUCCACCGUUGAUCAUUGUUAUUAGUAUUACUAUAUUCAAUAAAGUAUUGUUAGGAGUUGGAAAUGUUAGUAAGAACUUUGAAGAUUUAUUGGAUGGAGUUUUUUUGGAACGAAGAGAUUAA